GCAUUCGAAGAAACAACGAAAAAAUGGCACUUGCAAUCUGUCACCGUCAAUUACACCGAAGACAGAGAUGUAACCAAAAUAGGUUCUGAAUAUAUUUUAUAACCCAUGGAAAUUACUUUUGGAAUAAAACACCUAUCCAUCUGAUGGAUAACAAGACAAAACUAAAUAUGUCCUGCCACCCGUAACGUUUUUAAAAAAAAAUCCUUAACUUUUUAAAAUGGCUUGUUGUUGUAAAUCACAGGGUAAAUCAAAUAAGUCUUCGGCGAGUUGCUUGGGCCGCUGCGAUCUGCCGAAGCACAGGUGCUUAGAUAGAGAGGAAAUAAAACCAGGUCCCGUGCCGAAACACAUGGGAUGGCUGUACACCGCCAGAGAUGCCCCUGAACAUCAAUUAAGAUGCGGCUGGCGACCUGGUCACAUCUCCUGCCCGGUUCUCAGAAAAAUCGAGGCGCACAAUUGCGUUAAAACUGAAUGCACCCCGUCACCUUCAAUAUGUUGUCGACCGACAUGUUCCAGACCAGCAUGCUGUAUGCCUCCCAAGUGCGUCACCGUCUGUCCAUCGAGCCUAUCUUGCUGCAAACAAUCUCCAUGUGGACAAGCUCUCAUAAGAAUCAUCAGACAUGGUGGAAACUACAGUAUCACCACUAAACCCUCUAACGUUAGCAAUGCGCCCUCAGGGCCUUACCCACUAAAGUAUGUUUUAAACGUUGAUGACGACGAACCAGCUAGGGGUCCAAAUCCUCCACCACCAGCUCGAUACAGCGUGGAAGCCAAGUUCAAUGACUAUCAUUUCGAUUACACUAGUUCGCAAUCAUCUUUUGUACUAGAUUUCUCACCACCUGAACAACGGUGCUUCAAACCAUGCCCGAGAAAAAGCAUAGUGUGUAUGUUAUGCAAGACAGAUAAAUAACAAUAUGAAAACAAUUUCUUAUAAAUAAUCGAAUUAAAGCGGCAGCACACAAGCAGGGGUUCUAAUUUCUACUAUAAUAAAUGAUGUUAACAGAUUUUGAGGAAAUAAGAAAUAACAUUCAAAGUAUGAAAAUUAUUUUACAUAACAAUGGACUACUUGAUUUUUAUUUUGAUAAACCUUAUAAAACAUCGGUUGAAGAAAUUGGUCUUACAAACUAUUUUAGUAGGUACCUUAUUGAUGGAAAUGGUAAUUUAAGAUUUCAUUUGUCAAAUCUAACUUCAAUGAUACUUUCCCAGAUUUAAUAUGUAGGUACCUAAUUACUGUUUUACGGCAUUAAAU